AUGCGCGGAACAGCCGUCUUUGCCCUUGCUUCUUUGGUUCUUCCAACUUUUAUUGCCGCUGUCCCAGUGACUGGCGCUGCCUCCAUUAACGUAGUAACGGAUGUCAAAAGACAUGCCGAGCCUACCGAAAACUUAGUCAAACGAUCUCUCGAAGCGAUCUUACCACCACGCGAUGCCGAGGUUAUGGUUGAGCGAUCCCGCGGUGUUGGGCGCCCUGGAAGUAACUCGCGUAAUGCCGAAGAAGGAACAGCCGAGCUGGUUGACCGAGGGCGUGGUAUGAGGCCAGGCCAGAAGCGCGAUGCGGAUCCUACUGAGGAUCUUAUCGAGCGAGGGCGUGGUAUGAGACCAGGUCAGAAGCGCGAUGCGGAUCCUACUGAGGAUCUUGUCGAGCGAGGGCGUGGUAUGAGGCCAGGCCAGAAGCGUGACGCAGAGUCAACAGUCGAGCUUGUUGAGCGACACCGUCUUGUAAAGCCAACCAAGAAGCGCGAUGCUGAGGGUCUUGUUCAACGGGGCCGUAUGGUGACGCCAACCAAGAAGCGGGACGUGGAAUCUCUUGAAGAUCUGGCUGAGGAGAUUACCGUAUGA